GAAAUGUCACUCGAAUCGGGUAUCGAGGCUUCAACGGCUCGACAUUCUUCUUCGACAAGAUCCUCUGCUCCGACUCCGAACCUACAGCCUCGGUCAACGGUGGGCCAGGCGAAGACUACGAAACCCGAGGUUCGGGACUUCGUCUUAGGAAGAUUCCGGACCCGGACCUCAGGCUCGCUUUACGAGCCUCUCAUAACAGCUCCAACGCUGGGUUUUCCCGCUCAUUCACACGCCCUCACUGAUAACUUCGUCCAGUGGACAAUCAAGGAAGGGAAAGCUCAAAAUCACACAACCGCUCCCCACUCUCGCUCUCUCUCUCUCGUUUAUGGUUUGGCUCAGCAUCGUCUAGGUCUUAAAGAACAUGGCGAGGACUUGGCUAAUCAACAGCAGAGGAUUGGCAACGAAAGUAAGAAAUGCUACAUGCUCUCCUGCUCAUCAAAUUAAAGACUGUGGGGCGAAUCGGGAAUGCCCCAAAUGCCAUUAUCGUAUUGAUAACAGUGAUGUUUCUACUGAAUGGCCUGGCCUGCCUCUUGGUGUGAAGUUUGACCCUUCUGAUGUAGAGCUCUUAGAACAUUUAGCUGCAAAGUGUGGUGCUGGAAACUCAAAGGAACACUUGUUUAUUGAUGAGUUCAUCCCAACACUUAAUGAAGACCAAGGAAUUUGCUACACCCAUCCAGAAAAUCUUCCAGGGGCUAAGAGAGACGGAAGUAGUGUCCAUUUCUUUCACAGAACAAUGAAUGCAUAUGCUUCUGGCCAUCGGAAACGCCGCAAGAUUCAUAGUCAACAUAGUUUGACCAUGGAGCAUGUCCGCUGGCACAAGACAGGUAAGACCAAACCCGUGAUGGAAAAUGGACUGCAGAAGGGCUUCAAGAAAAUUAUGGUGCUGUAUAAAAGUUCAAAGAAGGGGUCCAAGCCAGAUAAGUACAGUUGGGUGAUGCAUCAGUAUCAUCUGGGGACUGAAAAAGAAGAGAAUGAAGGUGAAUUUGUGGUUUCAAAAAUUUUCUAUCAACAGCCAAAGCAGAGUGACAAUAAUGAUAGCGGCCCAGUAGUUGAGGAUUCUGAUACUAUGACUCUGCAAAAUACUCCAAGGACUCCGAAAGUUAAUCCUCCUAAUCCACCUCGCCCCGGGAAAUCUGUUCUGAGGGAUGAUGUUGCUGACAGUAACUUACUCCUGUCCUCUGCCCAGGAAGCUGAGUAUGUCUAUGAAGCAUUUCUUGCCCCUCCACCUGAUACUAAGACUGAGGACUACAUGGAGUACCCUGCAUGGUUGGCAGGGGAAUCUCAGGCUUUUGAUAACUCUGAUUUAAACUGCAUGGAUGAUUUAUUACUAUGCAAGGAGGUUUUGGAUUCCUGUGCUCCUCUAAAUCAUUCAGGAACAAAUCACACCUCGUAUGCUGACCUUUUUAGCAACAGGAUUGAGGCAAGCGGUAAUAACAAUGUGUCUCCUGAAAUCGCUGAUCUUGCGAACAUAGAACUCGAUACUCCACCUGAUUUCUCGCUAUCUGAUUUGCAGUUCGGUUCUCAAGACAGCGUUCUCAGUUGGUUAAACCGGUAAUGAGUGACAUUAUAGCGAAGUGGGAAUAACAUUGAAUUCCCAAUUUUGUUCUGUGCCAGAGUUUUGAUGUCAUUCUCAACUUCUCUGUCCAAUAUUUUCUUCUGUGGCAAGUACCUGACUUCAUUUGCUUUGAGGAAAUUGGAGUUUACCCAUCUCAGAUGGGGGAUCAUUUUUUGAACCCUUUUUGUCUUCAAGGCACACAAGUCAUGGAGUUGGCAGAAUCUUUCAGCUGUCUAGUACCAGAUAUCUGUACCUUGAGCUGAUACGACAGUCAAGCUGAAUUGUAAUUUAUGCUUAUCAUGUUCCAGCUCUUUCUUUGUUCUUCUAGAGUCGAUGCACGAUGCAGGUGUCUGGAAUUGAUUAUUUCUAUAUGUAGAUGUUGUUGGUACCAACUAUAAUGCAUAUAUAAAACUUUAACGUUAUCUGAUGUAUAGGGAAAGAACCUUAUUGUAAUGAUGGUAAUGGAUUUGUUGUCUAUAACAUGAUGUUUUCUU